UUGAGAUUUAUGAAGCUUUAUGACUCACAAAACGACAGCAAAAUAUCAUUUUGUUAAAGCAUCUCAAGUGAUUUUAGGUGGAGGUACAAGAGCUGAAUGAAAUUCUAAAGCAAUGGAGACAAAUGAUCUCAAAAAAAUGCUUGAAAAUUUGAUCAGUGCACAAAAGGAAGAAGCAGAACGACAGAAGUCAAGAGAUAUUACUCACAUGAAAGAAUUUGAAAAGUUGACCUACCUACUGGAAACUUCUUUACUUAAGACUACUCAGGAUGACCCUGAGACCUUCCUGAAAAAAUUUGAGCACAUUGCACAGAGUUAUAGCUGGCCAAAGAAGACAUGGCCCCUAAAGUUAGCUCCACUUCUACAUGGUGAAGCUCAGUUGGCCUAUGAUGGUUUGGAUGAUUCUGGUAGACAGUGUUAUACAAACAUCAAAGAAGCCAUUCUACAAAACUACAGGGCAACAUCUGAUUCAUACAGACAGCAAUUUCUUUCACUGAAGUUGCUACCUGGUGAGUCACCUCGCUUUGCUGCUUUGAAGCUAAAGGACUUAGCAAUUCAGUGGCUUAAGCCUAUGGAAACAGAAAAAAUAAAAUCAUUGAACAAAACUGUACUGAAACAGUUUCUGAAUAUUUUACCAAAAGAAAUCCGGGACCAGCUGCAGAUGUCACAGCCAGAAGAUCUUGAAACAGCAAUCACAUUUGCAGAGUCAUCCCUCAGUUCUUUCAGAAACACAGAAGAUAUUUCUGACAAACAUUCUGUGUUAACUGACAAUGUUCCUAUGAGCUCAGUUUCCUUACAAAAUAAUAAUAGUGUUCUGUCCUCUGGAAAGAAAGCCACCUGCAUUGGAAACACCACACUCCGACCCUCAAAGCAAGCUCAAGCUGUUUCUCAGUUUCAAUUAAAUGACAGUUUGAACUCCUCACCUGCUGAAGAAGUUGAAGCCCAAAGUAAACGGCCAGGCAAAAAGAAACUUCAAGAACCGCACCCUUUGACGACUAUCAAAAAGCGUCGGCUUUCUGAAACUGAUGAAACUCUAAAUCGCUGCAAAAAGAAACUUCAAGAACCGCACCCUUUGACGACUAUCAAAAAGCAUCGGCUUUCUGAAACUGAUGAAAAUCUGAAUCGCUAUUAUACUAUGGAAGUUAAAUCAAGAACUAUUUUGUCACAAAUAUAUAAUAAAUUGGAAGAAUUGUCCUGUACUGGAAAGGAACAGAAUGACUUUUUAAAAAAAUUAAAAGAAAAAGUCUUGAUGUUGAAAGAUCGGGAUAUUCAAGAAGAAGUCUUCAUUGGAAUAUUUGGCAUGACAGGAACAGGAAAGAGUUCACUGAUUAAUGCUCUUUUAAAUGAAUUUGAUUUGCUGCCCACAUCAUCACUGGAAGCCUGUACCUCUUGCAUUGUCCAAGUGCAGGCUCAUGAGUACAGUAAUUUCACAGCCGAAAUUGAAUUUUUGAGCAAAGAGGAAUGGGAAGAUGAACUGAAGGAGCUUGUAGGGAACUGUAAACAUAAUCAUACCCAGGAUAGUAAUGUCCAUAACAAAGGAGAAGACAGUGAAAGUUACAAUGCAAAAAAAACAAUCACUGCUGUUUAUGGAAGUGAUGGACCAAAAAAAAGUUUUCCUGAAUUGGUUGAGAAGGACAUUCAUAGAUCUCUGAAGUCUAAAUUUAGUUCAAAAUCGGCUUCAGAACUGUGUAAGAUGAUGAAGUCCUAUAUAGUCAGUGAUUCAAAUGAGGAUUCCUCCUGUUCUUACUGGCCUUUGGUGAAGGUUGUUAAAAUUUUUGUGCCAAAGAAAACUUGUGGUCUACCAGAUAAAGUGGUACUGGUUGAUCUUCCAGGAAGUGGAGAUUCAAAUAAAGAAAGAAAUAACAUGUGGAAGGAGUAUAUUACCAAGUGUUCUUAUGUUUGGAUUGUUGCGGAAAUCAACAGAGCUCAAUCAAACAGCAAUGUAUUAGAAAUCCUCAACACAGGAUUAGAAGGCGCUGCUGGUGGAGGAAGGUGUCAAAACAUAGACAUCAUCUGCACCAAAACCGAUAACACUGGCAUUAAAAGCAAUGAAAUGUCAAAAGAGGCAAGUUCUAAAGAUGAACGUGAAGGCAUAAAAAAAAGAAAUGAAAAGGCCAAAAAUAUGCUUAUUAACAAAUACAAUAACCAAGUAAAGAAUUUCCUCAUGGGUUCUUCAGGUGAGCUUGCUGUUGACAGCAAAAUAAAGGUUUUCACAGUGAGUUCUAAGGAGUAUUGGAAUAUUCAAAGAAAAAUUAAGAGUAGUCUUAAAAUUGAAGAUACAGAACUCCCAUUAUUACAAGAUUAUCUGAAGCAGAUCUAUAAAAUCCAAGCAAUAAAAGCAGUAAAAAAUUAUAUUUCUGAGGUGUCUGGCAUUAUAUCCUUUCUUAAUGUUCCUAAGGAAAUGGCUGAAAAUAAGGCAAAUAAGAAUUCGUCGCUCUAUGAAAAACUGAAAAAUAGUCUUACAGUUGAAAACAAAGAUUUGGACAAAUUUUUAGGUGAAAUUCAAACAACUCUGCAGACGCAGCUUCAAAGUGGUGCUCGCGAAGCUGUAAGCAAAUGUCGAAAUAAUCUUGAGUCAAUUUUAAAUCCUAAAAAUACAAACUUCAGUGGCUACCAUAAGACAAUUAAGGCUUUAUGCAAAAAUCAUGGAAGCUUUCAUUCAUCCACGGGGAAGUUCAUUGAUCUCAACAAAAAACUGGCAUCACCCAUUUAUGCAGCUGUGGAUAACACCUUCAAAAGUACUUUCCAGUUCAACAGAAAUACCAGAAGAAAUAUAAAAGGAAAACUCAGUUUGCUUCAAUCAAAAUUCGAAAAAGUUGUGGGAAUAGAAUCUCAGUCUUACCGUCUGAUAUUCAUUAAAACUGAAUUAAGAAGAGUACUGGUGUCCAUGGAAAAUGAAAUUCUUCGCAGAAAAAUAAACAUAUAUAACACUAUCUUCAAGUCCAUUCAAAAGAAAUUGGAUCAAGUUUUUUAAGGUGCAAAUAAAAUGGAAGGCCAAAAUUCAAUGAGUAGCAUUCAGAUGAUGUUUAGAAACAAAGUGAAAGAAUGUCAAAACAUCAUGUUCAAAGAAGCAAUAGAAAAAAUGCUGGUGAAAUUUUCUAAU